AUGUUAUCUAUGGAAAUGAGAAAAGAAAUUCAUGAAUUAACAAUUCAGAACUAUCGUAUCGUGGUACCAAUUUUUUUAACAAUGUGUAUAAUGGGAGUUUUGGCAAAUGCAAUAGUUAUAAUGGCAUUAAUUAAAACUAAAGUUAGAACACCGACAGUUACAAUUAUAUCAUCAUUAUCAUUUUCGGAUAUGUGGACAUCAAGUGUUGUCGCUGCAUCAUUAUUAUAUAACAGUUAUUUACCAAUAUUAUAUUCGAAAUUUGAAACAAAUCCAUGUAUAUCAUUGACAUUAGAAUUAUUUAGAACUGGUGGUCUUAUAACAGGAACGUUACAUUUACUUAUAAUUUCAAUACAUCAUUAUAUUGGUAUUACAAGACCAUAUUACAAAAGAGCAUAUACAACUAAAACGUUUAUUGUAUGUACACUUAUUUGGAUUAUACCACCAUUGUUUUUAAUAAUACUUGCAUCUUCAUUUAAAAAUCAAGGUUUUCGUGAUUGCUGGGAAUUUGACAAUUUCUACCAUACUCGUAUUUUUAGAGUUGCUGUAUCUGGUAUAAUUGUAAUUAUAUUUCUUAUUAUUAUUUUUUGCUAUGCACGAAUGAUAUAUUUACUGCGUCUCAAGAGAAAAAAAUGGCAAUCAAGAUCAGUUACUAAUAAAACAAAAAAUGACAAUCGAACUGUACAUACAACUGUUUGGAUAUGUUUGUCAUUUUUUGUUGGAUGGGCACCAGCAACACUUCAAUUUUCUAUAACAUGUAAUACAUGUCAUUUAAUGAGAUAUGAAACUGUACAAGGAUAUAAAUUAAUUUUUUAUUUUAGUUGUCUUCAAUUAACUUUUCUUCUUGGAAAAACACUUAUGAAUCCUUUAAUUUACUCAUUUAGAAUACCUGAAGUUGAAAGGGAACUCCAUCGUAUGCAUAGUGGUAUUAAAAAUUUUUUUACAAGAUUAACAAGAAGAGAAGUUACAAAUCAACCAAAAUAUAGUAUAAAAUUUACUCAAAAUAAUGAAGAAAAUGGUACCAAAACAUUAAUAAAAGAAACCACAACUGCUUUAUAA